GUGAUCCGUGCCGUACAGAGGGUCGGUUCAGGAUUCCUGUGACCCAGCGAGCGAAAUCGGUGAUGCGUGGCGGGAGGGUGCGCGUCCAGCUCUUGGAAAGCCGCGUCCGUGCGGACACAUCCGUGGUGCUCGGUGGACGCUGAGCGCUGCCGGCGGCUGUGCGGCGCUGAGGGCUGCAGUGAGCGGUUGUGAUCGCUGCGGCCAGUGAGGAGCCGUGUCGGGGCCUUUGGUCAGCUGGAGGUCACGAACUCUCUGCGUUAGCAGCUCUUCAGCCCAAACGACGUUGUGUGUUUUUCCUCUGUUCUCUCCGCACUGCACAGGUCAGGCUCGGCCCUGCCCCGCUCCUUACUCUGCAGACCUCAGCUCUCAGCAGGGGCACCCGUGGGUGAGCUGCAGGUGGGUGCUCCAGGGGGCACCUCGGCUCUGGCAGCAGCAGAACCGUGCUGGUUUUCUCAGUGUGUGCUCACAUGCUUUGCUGCCACUGUUGAAUCGCUCUAGAGUCUUUGAAAAGUGCCACCUGAGACCGAAUAGUGGUGAUCGCUGGGCUCGAGACAAUACAGCAUGCUGUAUUGUCAUGUCCUUCACAGCUCCGCUUGAAUGCCUCAGAACUGACAAAGUAUAGAAACAAGAGCACUGUCUUGCCCUGUGCUAGAAGAAAAGCAGGUAACCAGCAAGAGGUGUAAGCAGCUUUAUGUUAGAGAGAAGUGUAGGUUUUCCUGCCUGUCAGAGCUGGUGCAAACUCGCUGUCCUCUCUGCCUGCUGUUGGUCUGGCUGGCUGGUGUCUGGCAGAAGAGGUGAUGCUGGCUGUCAGCAGUGAACUUUCCCUUUGCUUCUGCUUUUGUGAGAUGCGAUUGAAUUGAAGCCUGUGGUGAGGAUAAAGUGGUAUAAAUUGAUCUUCAACUUAUUUGAUUUUAGCAGCUUUUCUUGCUGUGCCAGAUUUAAUAAACAGAGCUUGAAUUGGUCAUACAGCAACGGUUGUAGAAUUACAACUCCUAAUGCAACAGUCUGUUUGCCUAUAGCCUUAGUUACUGAUGCUUUAGUCUGUUUUUAUUCUGUUUUUAGCAUUCCAUAUUUUUUCCUUUGCUUUAAGUUGUUUUCACUGAAUUGUACAGAGAAAAGCAAGAGUGUAGGCUUUGCUUUUAUAAUAAUACAAGCAAUGUUUUAACUUUUAUAUAUGUAUAAAUGUACACAUCCACGUUUGUUUUCAGUUCUGUCUGCUCAGAUGAGGGAGAAAAUCUAUUGCUAAAUAAGUGAUUUUUGUGAACUCUGAAAGAGAGUAACUGAAAGUCAGGACCCCAUUAUUUACUUGCUUUGUAUGUAACUGAGUCCAACGUGGUUCUGGUUGCACAAGAUGGUCUAAAUAUGAGGUGGAUGGGAGAGAUGCUGGUGGUGUCCAAGACAGCUAUAAAUCCUCUGCAAAAUCAUCAAAUAGUGGGGCAAAAUGACUGUACGUUAAGGAAGGAUAACUUCUGCCUGAAUGUCUUAGGGAUGAAAAUGAGUACAUGGAGAAAAAUAGAAAAGUGCUUUGAAUAGUAAAUGACACUGCUCGUGUAUGUUCAUCACUUUGCUAGUGUUCUCUUAUCUGUGGUGCCAGUUUGUAACAGUUCCAUCAGUGUUAUUGCUACAGGAGCCGGAUCUGCACAUCCUCCAGUGCCAACGUGUGAGUUAUUAAAAGUUUUUGCCAGAGGUGAUAGAUAAAGGCAGUUGUUACAACAUCAGACUCGUGUCACCCGAGUUGGUGGAGUGCUGAGGUUGCUUAAAAUUAGCAGAGCAAAGCUGAUCUUAGUGCUUGCACAGAUCUUGUGGGCAAGGUACUGCCUGGUGGGCUGUUGAGCAGGGACUGAAGUGUGUUUCAUUUUGCUGCCAUGUUUCUGACAGUGGUGAGUGCCCAGACUGCUGCUGGAUUGGGUUCAUGUGAGAACUUCUUAUCAGCCUUGUUAGAAUCCUGAAACCUGAAUGUAAAGGAGUGAACAAAGCAUUGGGGUGGUGAUGGAUUUCCUUUUGGCACUUACACUGUGUUUCUUUUCACCAACAAUAGCAUAUCUUUAAUGUUUCUCUGACAAUAAGUCUUUUGUGUAUGUAGCAAAAUCUCCCUGUGUAGUAAUAACUUGCAGAAGAAAAGGGGAUGCAUAAAAUCAUGUGAAAAGCAGUUACAGGAAAGAAUUUGGUUAUUUGCUGCCUUGGGAGUGGAUUUGGUUAUUUGCUGCCUGAGCAUGAAGUCUGCUGUCAGAACAGCCCAUCACAGUGCUGCUGCUGGGAUCCCCACGUCCUGCUGCUCAGUGCUGCUGCAGCCUGGGGGCUGUGGAGGGCUGGGGGAUGCAGGCUUUGGGGGCUUCCCUUCCUUUGCUUGGCAACCGUAGGAAAAUGAUGCAGUUGUUUGUGCUGUGCUCAGGUAUGUGUAGAACGGCACUAACUGGGAGUACGCUUGUUGGAGGCUGCUGAGAAGCGUUUGCAAACAUUGUUCCAACUCAGACAGAGAACGGAAGGUGUCUGAUCCAGCAGUUUUCUGCUCUCAGUUGGGAAUGUGUUCAAUUUAGUGAGAGGUGUUUCCUUUUGUCUUUAUUCUUUUCGUUUUCCAUUGUUGCUGUGGAAUAAAUUCCUACUUAAACUAAUUUUCUUCCAAAAAAUACAUCUCUCGAGGUCGUUUCUUUUAUUCAGAGUUUUAGGGUUUUCAGAAUAGGACAUUUGUCUUGCUGACCUUCUGGUUAAAAUGAAGUCGGUUCUUCUGUUGCAGCAAGGUGCAGCCAUAGGCAGCAGCAGAACUGUGCUGCAGGCAGCCUUCUCCUGGGUGUUACACACAUCUUUUCUGCCUGUUUAACUUGAGUAAUUGUAAGUCCAUUAAAUGAAUGACGUGAAGAAAAAAUCACCAAUUCAUACUAGUGAGAUGAUGCUUAAAUGUUCGGAUGGCGAUGUGGAAUGAAAGCCAUUCGUUUUUACAGAUGCAGCAGGUGGUCUCUGCCAGCUGUGAUGUCUGCAGCUCUGCCCAGGCGGGCACUGGGCUCCUGCUUCCAGGCACCCCUCAGUGCUCGGCCGGCAGCGAGAGACUCGGGAGGUGGCUCUAACAGUAGUUUUCUAAUCACCUUGUCUUUUUAUUAAUAAAUACACCGGGCUUUUGAGGUAAUUUCUACUGCAUACUGAGACAAAUGAAGUACAGGGCUGUUACAGGAGCCCGUGGGAGCUGCGAGGCUCAGCGUGGUUGAGCAGUAAGGUGCACAUGCUGCGUGAGCGGCUCGCUUCAGCCCUGCUGCUGUGAGGGCAUCGUGCAGAGCCGCGGGCAGCAGAAGGGGGCUGGGAGGAGCGGGGCGGUGGGGCUGCGGGCGGCAUCGGCUGCUGCGGCAGCACUGCUAACGGCAUGUCUGCUUUCCUUUUUGAGGAGGUGUGUAUCCGAAACGUGGAUGUUCAGGAUAACAUGUCCAAUGUGUCGGAAGAAAGAAGCACUAGACAACAGGACAUUAAGAAAGGACUUCAGUUUAUAGAAUCUACUUUGCCCUACCCAGGGACACAAGAACAAUAUGAGCUAUUUAUACGAGAACUUGUUAGAAAUCUUUUUAAUGAAGGGAAUGAUGUAUAUCGAGAAGGUGAUUGGAGAGGCUCGCUGAAUCACUAUUCAGAAGCUAUAAACAUAGCAGAUUAUGCUAAUUCUGAAGAAAUCCAUGUGUCUGAUGAUAUUUUAGAGAAGCUACAUGUAAACAGGAUAGCAUGUUUUUCAAAUAUGGGACUGCAUGAAAAGGUUCUAGAAGACUGUGAGAUAGCAUUAAGGUUAAAUGAAAAUAAUUUUAGAGCGCUCUAUCGGAAAGCAAAAGCACUGAACGAGCUGGGAAGGUAUAAGACAGCGUAUGAUGCUGUAGCAAAGUGUUCUCUUGCUGUGCCACAGGAUGAAAGUGUGAUUAAGCUUACUCAAGAACUGGCUCAAAAAUUAGGAUUAAAAAUAAGAAAAGCAUAUGUAAGAGCAAAGCCACCCUCGAGUUCUGUUUCUAGUGAUAUAUCAACUCAGAAUUCUUCUGUAGAAGAUAUUGAGUUAGAUUUAUCUGACCAGAAGCAAGAUACGGUUUCUUCUGCGUCUUCAUCGGCCUUUGUUUCUGAAUUGUCUAAAGUGGCAUCAGUACCCAUAUCAUCUUUAUCUUCUGUUAUGUCUCUUCAAGUGGAAAAAGCUUCUUUGCCUUCUGCAACGUUGGCAAAUGGAGGAAAUGUUUCUUUCUCUAUGCCAGAAGCAUGUUUAGAUUGUGGAGAUGGAGAUAUAAUUAUUGGUGAAGAACUUGAUGAAUUACUUGAUUCUGUGCCUGAUCCAGAUGAAAGCAUAAUGGUAAAACUUUGUUUGCUUUCUUUUGAGUGAGAUCUUGUUUUAUUGGUGAAUUAAUUUUUAUGGUUACAUUGAGCUGUAGUUGUGUAUGGGCAGGUUGAUCCUCUCAGAUGUGUGGGCUUGCAGUUGUGGCUGUAAAGAUACCAGGACAUGGCAGAGCGCCAAGGAAAUCCUAUUGGAUUUGUGUGCUAGAAGAUUUGAGUGAGGUUGCUCGUAGAUGGAGACUGCUUUGAAAAACACUGCUACCAACACUACUUCUGAGGGAGGGAUAUUACUCCCAGGAAAUGCCAUGAAAAGCGAAGCAGACCAUUGAAGUCUGAGCUGGUGUAUACUUGUUACAACUGAGGCCUCUGUGAACCUGAGGAUGUUUGGUGUGCCCACCCUGGGGCUACGGAAAGUCAAGCUCGUGCUUACAACUUUGCAGGACAGCAGUACUUGUGCUGCUGUCUCCUAGUGCACCAAGCAGUAGUUCUGCAGUCAGAGCUUUGUCCAGACCUGCGUGGCAGAUAACCAGAAGUAGGCCAUUGUGAGGUUAACUUUUCAUAUUUGUUAGAAGAGAUUAUUAGAAAAAUUGAGGCGUUUCUUGAGUUAUUCUUCAUUACACAACCUUUCUAGAGUUAGAGCAUACAAAGCAUCCAGAGCUCCUCUACUGACAGUCAAAGUGAAAGUUCUGAUUGAUGAGCAGAGAUGGCUGAACUUAAUAGCAAGGUUACUGAUUCUGAGCUGUGUCUGUGACAGUCAUUUGGAGCACUUAAUAUCACACUGCUAAAUGAGGAUCUGGCAUGUUGAAUUUUUCAAUUAGUUGUGAUUUUUAAUUAUCAUGUAGCUACGGAUACAGCUGUAAAAAAGAUUGAUUGCAGAACUGGUUCUGUCUUGAGCUUGAUUUCUUGGAAUAAAAAAUGUUUAGGCUUCUUACUGUAAGUUUUAUGCAUUUCAUUUUGUUGUAUCUGUUAUGGAAAUUUCAGUUGUAAUUAUUGUUAAAUCAUAGUAAAUUUGCUGUAGUAAUGGCAAAUACUAUCUUUUGAGGUAGAUUGAAGCCUCAUGUAGUGUAGAACCUGAAUGCACUUGGGGAUGAGAUACUGCCCACUCUGUGCAGACAGUUUGAUCAGCCUCCAGCCAAGGAGGGAGCUUCUUGUGGCAGCAGUUGAGCUGUAGGGAAGGAAGCUCCCAAGUUCUGUCACAUCCCUAUCAGAGGUGUGCGGAAGGAUGUGUGGUUUUCCUUUGAGGGAAGAAGGAAAAUUGGCUUAUACAGGCAGUGAUGUCAUUUGGUACUGCCCCGGAUCUGUGUCAGUGCUAACUCUUAACUCCUUACUGUUUGAAUUAUGUUCUCUUUAUUUAGAAAAAUCUGUGCAGGUUUCUGACUCAAAAAAAAUUCAAAAUUACUUCUUCAAUUCAGCUAACUGAACCUUUAAAAUGUUUGAUCUAUAGAUAAUUCCUUGCAUUAAAGCAUUCAGACGUGAUUUCUGCAGUUCUCUGCAGCACUGUAGUGUACCUGUCGUUGUUUUUCUGUAGGUUUACAAAAACUUAUUGAAAACAUUAUUAAAAGGAAGAAAGGAAGACUGUUCCUGUCCCAGAUUGUAUUGAGGUUUUUUUUUCCUGUG